CCUCCUUGUAGCGGCGUUGCGACAGAGACGGAGAAUUCGAACGACAUGAAUGUAGAAAAUAAUCAUACGGCAGAAACAGAGACUGAGCAAACGACAAACGGCAACGAGACGAUCACCAUUCAGACAACACUGGGAGAUGAAGAUGAAGAUGUGCACAAGUGCGGACGCUGUCAGUCCGAGUUCUCCACGCUGGAGGCUUUCAUCCAGCACAAGCUGCAGCACAACUGUAAACGUGUGGAGACUAGUCAAGAGGUUACUGCAGCCAAUGGAAGUUCUUCAGAGGUGAAAACAGCUGAAGGUGCAUCCUCGGAUGAACCAGUGAAGAUCACUAAUGAUGAAAGCAGCGGUGUAUUGGGUCGAGGUCGAAGGAAGAAAGUCAUUUCGCUCAAAGUCACAGAUCUCUCAGAUGGGACUGAAGGCUCCUUGUCUGACAAUGCGGACAGUGACAAGCCUGUUUACAAAGUCAACCAAGAGGGACGCUUCAUUUGCCAACUCUGUGACAAGACCUUUAAAACAACCAACAUCUUGAGAACUCAUAUGAAAACUCACAGUGACCAGAAGAACUUCUCAUGUGACCUGUGUGGAACCUCCUUUCGCACAAAAGGCUCCCUGAUCCGUCACAAUCGUCGUCACACUGAUGAGCGGCCGUAUCGAUGCACCCUAUGUGGCCAGUCUUUCCGAGAGUCAGGUGCUCUCACCAGACACCUCAAGGCCCUCACACCCUGCACUGAAAAGAUCCGCUUUGUUCAGUACAAGGAGAUCUUGGUCAGCAAAGAUGGAGUACAAAAAGGGGUCGAAGAUGAUCGCGCUGCAGUGGCUGGCCAGCAGCAGGAGGUAGUGGUUGUGGAGCAACAGCCAGAGGAGCAGGAGAUGGUUGAGGCUCAGACAGCUGUCGUCAGCGUGGUAGACUCUGGUUCCCAAGAGGUCCUUCAUCAGGUCCACUUCACAAUGGAGGUGAAUGGAACGACGCAGGAGCAACAGGUUGUAGUAGAGCAGUCGCAGGCGGAAGCCCUGGCGGCUGCUGCAGCAGCAGGCGACAACCUCAUCUGCCAGGCCAUCAUUAACUCUGGCAUUGCACUGGAGACGGAGGAAGCCGUAGUUGAGGAGACCUCACACACUACUGAGGAGAUGGAUAAAGUGGUUUCUGACUGUCCUGAUGCGGAGGAGAAUAUCACUGAGAUCCAGGUCAAAGAAGAGUUUGUUGAGAUGGAGGCAGAGGAAGCAGGUAGUGGAAAUGGUCAAACAUCCUCAAAACUGUACACGUGUCCACACUGUAAUCGCUCUUUCAAGGGACUGAAUUACUUCCGCUUUCACUUCAAGGGCCAUAUGGGUUACAAGCCCUUUAAGUGCACACUUUGCCAUAAAGAGUUCCUGACUGGUUAUCUACUGAAGAAACAUAUGGAAGUCCAUGUCAGUGAGAGGAGGUAUAAGUGUGGUGAAUGUGGAAAACUGUACAAAACCAUCGGGCAUGUACGUGAGCACAUGAGGGCCCACUCAGAUGAAAGACCCUACCGCUGUGCCAGGUGCAACAAGGGGUACAAGACCAAGAAUGCCUUGCAGGUGCAUCAGCGGACCCAUGGUGAUGAGAAACCUUACGUGUGCCAGUUCUGCUUGAGAGGUUUCAGGGAGAAAGGUUCUCUGGUGCGACAUAUCCGCCAUCACACCGGAGAGAAGCCUUUCAAGUGCCCAAAGUGCGGCCGAGGCUUCGCUGAGCACGGGACCCUCAAUCGGCAUAUGCGUGCAAAAGGAGGCUGCCAGAAGGACGAUUCCAGUGAGCAGAAGGAUGGGGCAACAGGGGAGCAAGCGUCAGUGGACAGCCUGGCUACAGCAGCCAUCCUCUCAGAGGAUCCGCAUGCUGUCCUGGUGGAGUUCUCCUCAGUGGUGGCUGACACGCAGGAGUACAUCAUCAAGACUCAAACAGAGGAGGAGGUGCAGGAAGAAGAGGUUACACUCAUUCAAGACGGCCAGAAUGAGAUGGGAAACCACAUCAUGAAAGUGGUACAGCGUAUCGUCAGCCAGUCACACGGCGCCGGUGGCACAGGCAGCCACCAGAUCAUUGUGCGCAACGUGGCGAUGAACGAGGAGGGCACAUCCAUCUCCGACUGCGGUGACACCAUCACCAUCGCGACUCCGGAGAGCCUGACGGAGCAGGUGGCAAUGACGCUGGCCUCUGCCAUCAGUGACGGCACGCUGCUGGCCACGGCGGGCACCGUGGAGACGGCAGACGGAACAGUUACCAUGGUUACCACCGAGGAAGCCGUGGAGGAGGGAAUACAGAUGGUGCAGCAGCAAGAGGAAUAUGUCAUCACCUCCCCAGAGGAGGUGGAGAUUCAGACUGUCAUUGUAUGAUCCAAGAGGAUCUUAACUAUGAACUUUACCUGUGUAGCCAAUUACUGUAGACUUUAUAUGAGCUUCGUGUGUGAGAUCUGACUACAAAACAAAGGCCAAAGUGUUUAUAAGGUUUAUUGUUACAGAAGUAGAACAACCUACAAAGAAAUGUCUGUGUGAAACCUACAAAGAAUGAGUGUGCAUGAGGACUAGUUCGAUCAUGUGUUUGGUUUUUGCUGAUUGAUUUAGUGAAAUUAAGCACUUCCUGUCAUCCAGUA